AUUUGCAGAAUUUCGGCGCAAACUCAAAAAGUUUCUUCUUAAAUAUAAGGUGCUUAUAUAUAUAUAUAGGCCUAAAGAGGCAUUGCUAGGGUUACUGGACAACAUUGUGAUCAACAGCAGUGUAAGACGUAGAGGCUCUUUGCUAUGUGUGUCAGGGACUAUUUGAGAUAUGUCAGAUAGUGUCCAGUUUGGACGUGAAAUUGGUCGUCAGUCUAUGGAAGGCUGUAUCCCGGUUGUCAGGACGACACAAGAACCAUUUGAAGGAUGGGCUAUACGUAGAUACCAUGGUGACCUGCCUGUGUACGGAGAUCAACAAAGGUUACAUGUAUUUGUUGCAGCUGGCACCACCUUGUGAGAACAAACAAGAACUGAGUUUAUCCCAGGGAGACAGUGCAGCCUUUCAGAAGUCCCUGAAAGUGCUUGGCUACCAGCUGAGGGUUAUAAUUUCAUUGUUGGACAGUUUCAUAGACACUGUGAGUGACUGUGUGAAAUCUGCUUAUGACAUGAUCAUAGCUAUAUUUAGGAGUUUACCACCUAGUAUUACUGUUGUUAAUAUUGCUGUAGCGAGUAUAGAUGAAAUCAGGCGUCAUCUUGUGAAUGGGAUAGAGCCUUUGGUUAACUUGCUUGUUCAGAACAGGACCUUUGUGACCUUUAUAUUAAGCCAGGAUAGUGAGUGUAAACCUGAAGACAGGCUUGCGAGGUUAGAGCUCCUACUGAAGAUUGCUGAUUGUCUACCUGAACAAACAGAUGAUGUGUUUCAGAGCUGGAUGAGAAGUUUGAAUGAUGAUACAACUAGGAGUAUAUUUGAGCAGAUUUUUUUGGCUACAUCUCAUUGUUACAUUGAGAUAUGCAUGCCGCUAACAAUCAGAACAACAAAAGAAGUCCUCCUGUAUGAGUACAUCUGUACUCAUGUUUGUGGUCUCGUUGGAAGUCUGCCAGCCAAAUACUUUUGUGUUCUUGAGGAAAGUUUACGCAAACAUCUGUUCUCUGUGAAUGUCUACGUUUCUUCUCUAGCAGAAGAUGUAUGGUGCUUUAUGGCAAGGUUUGGGUCAGCAGGGUUGUGUUUCCAGCAUGCAAAGUUACUGGUGGAGGUCUGUGAAAUGACUGCCUAUCCCUACAGCAUUGUAAAACUUGUUAAAAGACUUAUUAAGUUCUUGGCUCCAGACCAUCAAAAUCAGUUGUUGAAGUGUUACCCUCCAGACCAUGAUCAUGUUAGACUAUGGUGUGAUAUAUUUGUACCUGUGUUACCAUCAGCAGUAUCAACUGAAGCCUGGACUUCAUGGUUAAAACUGACAGUUGAGGAUGUACAGAACUUCAUAUCCACAAGAAACAAAACAUAUGCUGAUCUAGUGGAUUUGAUACAGUCAUUGAAAUAUCUUACACAGCUUCUUCAUCACCAUGGCAACACACCAGUUGACCUUCAGCGUCAACAUUCUGCUGUUGUCAAGGAAACCGCAGUUCAACUCUUGUCAUUGUGGGAUAGAGAAUGGACAGGGGAGACAAUCUUCGGUGCAUGUUUGUUACAAGUGACAGAGUUGUCUGGAUUGCUUAUAUCACACUUGGAAAAUGAAAACUUUUUGAGGAUAUUUGAUUUACUGUUAAAUCAUGUUAAAACCGACAGUGUGAAGAUUGCAGCAUGUCACUUCCUGAAGGGAUGUAAGAAGGUGAAGUUUGCCCCUGAUUCAAAGCAACCAAUGAUUCUGAAGAAGAUACCUAUGCUGUAUAGCCUUCUGCUUCAAGACAACAAUGCCCUUGUUCAACACACAGCUUUAGAAUCAUUUACACAAUUUGCCGAGAGUACACCAUAUGAAACACUGGUACCUGAAUGUUUGGGGGACAAUCAACAGUUACAGAAUAAUGUUGUGGCUUUCCUUAGCAAGACAGCUGAGGUGAGUCCAGGCUUUAGAGAGCUUACCUAUUUGAAACAGCAACAUGAAAAACUAUGCCAACAACACGACAACAUUGAUAUCCAAGUGAUAGAUGGGCUGCAGGCUAGUGAUAAACUUAGGGAAAUUACGAAAGAAGCUAAUGGAGAUAUGCUUGAUGACAUUGAAGAGCCUGCUUUAAAGAGGAAAAGAUGUCAGAAUACUGAA